CAGCCCUCCUGUCGUCAUUUCCUGUGUGUCUGCCGGCAAAGGGAGAAGAUGGCGGCACUGGGCGAACCUGUGCGGCUGGAGAGGGAUAUUUGUAGAGCAAUUGAAUUACUGGAAAAACUACAAAGGAGUGGAGAAGUACCACCACAGAAACUUCAGGCAUUACAAAGGGUCCUUCAAAGUGAAUUCUGUAAUGCUGUAAGAGAGGUAUAUGAACAUGUUUAUGAGACUGUGGACAUCAGUAGCAGUCCUGAAGUGAGAGCUAAUGCAACUGCAAAGGCAACAGUAGCUGCAUUUGCUGCCAGUGAAGGACAUUCUCAUCCUCGAGUUGUUGAGCUACCAAAAACCGAAGAAGGUCUUGGGUUCAAUAUUAUGGGAGGCAAAGAACAAAACUCUCCAAUCUAUAUCUCUCGAAUAAUUCCAGGUGGAAUUGCUGAUCGACAUGGGGGCCUCAAAAGAGGAGAUCAACUCCUUUCUGUUAAUGGAGUGAGUGUUGAAGGAGAACAUCAUGAAAAAGCUGUGGAACUACUGAAAGCAGCUCAAGGAAAAGUUAAACUAGUAGUCAGGUAUACACCCAAGGUCUUAGAAGAGAUGGAGUCACGCUUUGAAAAAAUGAGAUCAGCAAAACGCAGACAACAGACUUAGUACACUUCACAUCUUUAUAUUUUGUUGCUUUUAGCUAGAGAAGUUUUACUUGUGACCUACUUAUGGCCAUGAUGCCAAUGAUUAUAAAAAGUCAAACAGAAACUUCCCAUGAAAAUCCUCCUUGCCAUUUUAUAAAUGCCUAUUAUAACAUCACUUGUGGUUCCAGAGAUGCAUACAAUUUUUUCUGACAAGAAAAAGUAAAAGGUGAUGAAGGCAAUUCUGUCCUACUGUUUUUACAGGCCUUUUUCAAAUGCAGAUUUUUGUCAUAAAGUUGUUAUAGAUUUUUAAAAAUGCUUUUUUAAUAUUAAAAUGUACUUUUUACAUUCUUAGUCUUUUUUUAGGAAAAACAAGUUUUCUUUCUUUGACUAUUUAUUUAAAAAUAACAGUUGUCCAAUUCUCUUUUUAAUUUUUUUGCUUUAUUUCUUUCAACCUGUAAAAUAUCAUGAUUUUCCAAGAAAUUAAAUAUACAUAUUCAACUACAGCAGCUCAUUGCAUUAUCAUUGUUAGUAUCACUGCUGCAUUUUAUACUUUGAACACAUGUGGUAUUAUAAUCUACAAUAAUUCAUAGCUUAGCACAGUGAAAGUUUUUUACUUUAAGCAUAAUGUAUGAUGACUCUUCAUUUAUACUGAUUUAUAAAAGCAAGUUUUUAAACACCAAAACAAUCAUUACUAAAAUAUAUAUAUUUCAUAAUAUUUGAGCAGUGAGGCAAGAUAUAAUUGAUUGUUAUAUUUACUGAUUACACCUCUUCUAUUUAUGUUCAAUAUAAGUCAGUUACUAAUGCAAAAUCUGGUUCAGGUUUCAUCUUAUAUAAAAUUUUUAUUGAUACUCAUCUUUAUUUUAAAGAUAUUUCUUAGAUUCUGCCCCCCCAUUCCUAGAAAUGAGCCAAUUAGUGUAGCUGAAGUAAAGAAGUGUAGAUAGUACCUUUAACUUCACUAGACUCAAGAGUUACACACUUAUACUAGCAUGAUUUUAAAAAUUAUUUUAAGUAGGAGUAAGAUAAGACUUACUUCAGACAUAGAGAAAUUAUGAAGUGAUAUAUGCAUAAGAGUUCACAAACUUUAUAAAAGUGAGUCAGAUUCAAAAUAGAUUCAGAGAUGUGAUCUUUACACUUCAGAUGUGCUAAGGGGAAUUCAAAAGAUACCUUUAUUUGUCCACUGGAUGUCACUGUUUUACUGAAAGGCAGCUAUUAGUGUAUGACAGUGACUGAAGUCUUUAAAGGCAGAAAUUAAAGAAUCAUUUUCAGUCACAAGUUAAAAAAAUGUUUGCAUGUUUGUUCUUUUUUUUUUAAUUUUAGGUGAUGACAAAAAGAGGGUAAUGAAUUGAAAUACGUAAAGAAUUUAGCGUAAUUAUAGUCACUGUGUAAAAAGAGGGCAUUUUGUAACAUUCCUUCAGGAAGAUUAAAAUGUGUACUUUUUUUUUUUUUUUUGCAUGUUUGUGAAAAGCACUGUGAGUCUUAAGUCUUAAAAGAUUAUUCCGGUUUUUAGAAUAGAAGUCAAUCAGCAUUGAUGUUAUAUAUCAUUCAGGUAUUGAACACUGGAUUGCAUGAUUGGUUGUGUCUUUAGCCCACUACAAAAUCUUUUAUUGAUAAGAUCAUGUUGCUGAAUUGUACAUUUUCUAAUUAAUUGAUGUCUUUAAAAAUGAGACCAAAGUAGUGUAGAAGAAUUAUGGACUUAUUUUAAUUUAAUUGUAAAGUUAUUAGAGGUAUUUGUUGUAGAGCUUUAUAUAUUAAAGAGAAGUAUUGGUGCAUAUAAAACAGUAAUAUUGUUAUGCUUGUAUUCUUGCAUUAUAUGGUAAAUAAACCCUUAAAUCUUA